AUGUCAUCCCCAGGGUCAAGCUCUAGCCUCAAGAACAUCGUCUACAUCACCGACACCCCUGUACCCACCACCCCUCAGCCGACGUUCGACUACCAUUCCCUUGACGGAUCUGAACAGGCUAUCUGCUCUCAUUCAUGGCGAGCGGGAUUCUCUUCCAUGAGUACCCCUCAUGUGGACCGACUUAACGUCAUUGCCCGGUAUAAAGAGCGCAAACUAGGGAAGAAUAUCGUGCUGUUCGGCAAAGACGUCGAGGCAGAUGCCAACUCGCGUUCUAAUGUCAGACAAAUGUUCGAUGGUGAUUUGUUAAUUCACGGAGAUCUGUUGGAAUGUGCACUUGACUUCACUUUCAGUUCACUUGGCUUGGACACGGAUAGGGUUCAACAUCCAAUAAUCAUGACGGAGAGACUGGCGAACCCUUUAUUCACCCGAGGCAUGACUUCUGAACUGCUGUUUGAGAUGUAUGGAGCUCCCUCCGUCACUUUCGGUAUCGACUCCUUAUUCGCGUUUUCCCGACAACGACACCAAGAUGGAUUGUCGAUAAGUCUCGGGCAUAACGCAACCACCGUCAUUCCCAUAUCAAGUACGAUGCUCAUGUCAUACAGAUUACCAUGGGGCGGGGCUCGGGCAGCCGAAUUGAUGCUGAAGCUAGCUCAACUAAAAUAUCCUGCAUUUCCCGUCAAAGUGACACUCCCUCAAGCCACUUUCAUGUAUCGUGAGACUUGUUAUUUCUCGUCGAGUUAUGAGGAAGAACUUCGUUCCUUGGAGGACCCCGAGAAAUUGGCUGCCAUGACAACAAUCGUCCAAUUUCCAUACAACCAGCCUGACGUUGUAGAGAAGACGGAAGCAGAAUUGGCCGCUGCAGCCGACCGACGGAGAGAGCAAGGCAAACGACUACAAGACAUGCAGAGCAAGAUGAGAGCCGAAAAGCUUACCGCGAAAAUUAAUGAACUGGAAGAAUAUAAAUCGCUGCUGGCUCAACGACCCACUAUGAAGAAAUCGGACUUUCUUGAUCAGAUCGCUGAGACCACGCCAUUCGACACGGAAGCAGAAUUGGAAGUUUGGGUCAAGCGGACAGAGGCGGAAGUGAAGAAAAAGCAGAAAAAGGACAUGGGUGAAGAAGUGGAGGAAGAGCAACCCGUCUUUCCCCUUGCCGAUCGACCUGAUGAAGAGCUCACCGAGGAGGAGAUCAAGGAGAAAAGAAGACAACGGUUGAUGAGGGCAGGGUAUGAAGCCAGGGUCAAGAUAAGGGAAGAGAAGCGACUUGAGAAGGAGAGGCAGGAUGAGGAAAGGAGAAAAGAAGAAGAAGAACGUUUGAGUGAUCCCGCUGGCUGGGCAGCCCGUUUACGAGCAGAGCAAGAUGCGGUGAUUGUCCGAAUGGAGGAGCGCAAGAAGCGUCGGUCUCAAAUGAGCAAUCGCAAAUCUGCCGCCGCUCAAAACCGAAUGAAGACACUUGCUAACCUAGCGGCCGACACGCCGCCCAGCAAGAAGAGAAAGAAAGGCGAAGUUGACGACGGGUUCGGUCGAGACGAUUCCGACUGGGCAGUUUACCGUGAAAUGGACGGUGAGGACGAAUCGGAAGCGGAAGAAGAAGAUCAAACCCUGCUUGAGAGUUUGGAAUCCCGUUUGCUACAACAUGAUCCUUCCUUCACUGAAGACGAGACUAUGCAAGGUCGAGCGCAUACCAAGAACGCUUUGAUCAAUGCUUUUGUCAGAGGAGCCACGAGCCAUCGUUUUGAUCCUUCAAAUCCGGAACAGAGUCAUCAGUUACAUCUAAAUGUGGAACGGAUACGAGUGCCCGAGACGUGGUUCCAGCCAAGUAUGUUUGGAAUAGAUUCUGCUGGUAUUGGAGAGAUUGCUGGUUGGGUGUUGAAUGGUUUUGAGGAGGAGCAAAGGAGACGUAUGAUGCAAUGUAUAUUCCUCACUGGAGGAUGUACGAACCUUCCCAAUUUGUCAACCAGAAUGCGUAACACUCUCACUCCACUGUUACCAUUCCGCGCACCAUUGAAAAUCGUCACUUCUCUCGACGACGGCAACCCUCAAUUGGAAGCUUACAGGGGAAUGACAGAGUGGGCCUUAUCGGAAGAAGCCAAGAAGUCUCGAGUGACAAAAGCGGAGUAUGAAGAGCAUGGUGGGGAAUGGUUAAAGGAACAUUCAUGGGGAAACAUACCGCCUUCUUGA